CCCACCGUUUCGCGUUAGUCAUACAUCAGUUUACACUGUUUGCAGUGAUUUAAUCACUGUUUUGUAUUUUUGAACGAUAUUUAUACGUAUCGAAAUCGGAUUGUUCGACGUCAGAACUAUUGAAUUAGAUAAUUAUUUUUCUUAAUUUAUUUUCACUUGGAUACGAAAUGAAGACCAUCGUUAGCCUUUUUCUAAUUUUGACGUGCUUCACAUCGGCGAAAAGUAAGUGAAAUUCUUGGAGUGGGGGGAUAGGGAUGGGUGGGUGAGACGGUACAAUUUAAGGAAACCAUAAUUAUUGAAAAAGUAGGGUUAAAAAGUAAUCGAUCUAGGAUGUAGUAAAUAUUGAUCAUAAAUAAAUCAUAGAAUAUUUUUUUUUUUAUCUUUUUCAACAAAAGGAAUUUAAAAGCUGGAUCCAAAAGACCAAUUUGUUUUACUUUUUAGUAAAAAAAAACAAGCUUUUUCUUGUGAAAUUCGUCUGAAAUAUUACGUAUAGAAAUUGAAUUAUAGAUUCUCCAUUCUUGCUUUCACUAAUUCAUUACAAAGAUCCCCAGUUUGCCACCAGUUUCAAAAUACUUUUUUGCACGACUAUUAGCACUAAUAAUAUGAUAAAUGAGCUCAAUAAACAUUUGUUAACAAUUACUUAACACAAUGGUGGACACCUUUUUUUGUGUUUUAGUCCAACUCAAUGUUAGUAAUAAUUAUCUAAAAAGGACGGGCAUACUUCGUAUGAUGGGUGGCUCACUGUUGUGGUUGACAAGUUGGGAAGAUAGGAUAUAGAGGAGAAUUUAAUUUAUAUCUGUAUGCAACGAUAAAUCAUUGAUAAUGAAUAACGAUUCGGAGCGAAGUUUCUUUUAUACGUGUACACAUAUUUUCCCGUUUUCUUACGUCUUUUCCCGGUUUUUCCUAAUUAUUAAGAAAACCACUUAGAAAAUCAAAAAAUGACUUUCAUAAAGCACUAAAGAAGGUAACAUAUAUUUUCAGAAAAGGUACUACACUUUAUUCCUCGAUUCGUUCAACAUCUAAAAAAGAACAACAAUGGGUAUUGGGCGUAUUAUAAUAUUCAUGUCUUAUGUUUUAAAUAUGCGAUUAGAUGAUAAAAUUUAAUGAUAUUAAUUAAAGAGCGUUAAGAAAUUAAGACGACUAUGUGUGUGUCAUGACGCUCGUUAAUAAAUUCAUUAAUAACAGAAGUAACAUGACCAAUUUAAAUACAGAGUGUCCUAUGGUGUUCUCUGAAUGCUUAUAACUCUGUCAGUGUUCAUUUUUUUUUUCAAUUGGGUUUGGUGUCGGGGGAUACAAAUGUAGAAAAAACUAAAUUUUUAUUUGCAUCCCUUAAUGACUAAAAAUAAAAAACUUUAAUUUUUCACUUUUUAACAUUUUUAAAAUGCCUAUUUUUUAAAAUUUAUUUUUUUAAAAAUUUGAAUAUAUCAUACAUUCAUAUCGGUUUAAUAGUUUUUUAAUUAUAAUGGAUUUAAUGUAUAAACAAUAGUAGUAAAAACAAAAUUAUUAAAAUGGUUAAUACUUUUAAAUAAAUAUGAAAAUAACAAAUUUAUAUAUAGAAAUAAAAAAUAAAAAAAUGAAUGAAUGCGUCGUCUGGAGUAUUAUGAUAAGUGUAUUAAACGACCGGUUUCGAAUUAAAAAUUCAUUAUCAGGUAUCAUAAAUGUCAGGUGACACAUUCAUUCAUUUUUUAUUUUUUAUUUCUGUAUACAAAAUUUUUUAAUUCUAUAUAUACAUUUUUUAUUCAUAUAUUUAUUUACUAUAAUUAAUAUUCAAUAUAAGAUAAGGAAUUACCUUGCUGACUUAUCGGAAAUCAAUAGUUCAUUAUUGGUAUGAAUGUAUGUUACAUUAAAAUGUUUAGAAUAAUAUAUUAUAUAAAUUAGUUAUCUUGACAAUUUUAAAAAGUAAAAAUAUAAAGUUAUUUUUUAAGCGAUUAAGGGAAGAAAAUAAAAAUAUAAUUUUUCUCUACAUUAGUGAUUCCUGGAUAAAAAAUCCGAUCGAACAAAAUUUCAAAAAUAAAAAAAUGAAUAUUGAAGUUAUUAGCAUUCAGAUAAAAUCAUAGGACACUCUGAAUGUAACGACUAUAAACUAACUGUACCUAACUAGUUAUUCGUAACUUGAAAAUUCUUCAAUACACAACAAAAUUUAAAACAAAUUAUAAUAAUAAAAGAACCGUAUUAGUGGAUUAGGAAUAUUAUAGGACCUAAUGAAUUUAAUAGAUCACAUGUAUAGCUUUUUACAAUAUUAAACUUAACUUAACUUGACCAUCGUCGCCUACAGUUAAUUUUUAAAUAAUACGUAACAAGAUACAAUUGCAAUGUUAGUAGAGUAUGUAUAGUAUGUUAUACCUAUAUUACUAAUCCGAAAUCAAAUGGUCGAACUUUUAGAGAAAAUGUACCUAUAGAUAUAAUAAAAAUUUUAUAAAAAAGAGUACCUAUGUUUAAUAUGCAUUAACGAAUGAUUUUAUUUUUUUUUAUCGAGAUCUGCCUGAUUUAAUUUAACUUAAUUUUUCUUAAUUUUAACCAUUCAUAACUUAUUGAGAAAUGAAACUAUUUUUUAAAAUGAUAAAAUCAUUUUAUGAUUUAAAAAUCAUCCGGUAAAUGGCAUAAAUACUAGUUUUUUUUUUUUUUUAUGAAAUUGAUAAUAUGUAUUUUCCCUAAACUUAACUAAAGAGCAGCUUUACUUUUGUAGUUUAACUUUAUUACACGUGAUACGAUACAAAAAAAAAACAAUAAUUCGUGUAAAAGCUGCUUCGUUGUACCUAAAUGGGAUUCGAGCGGUCAUAUCAUAACGGUCUUACAAUACAUCUUAAACUUUUUGAAUAGUUGUUUAGAAUUAACAAUGUAAAUUAAAAAUAUUAUUAACAUACUUAUGCAAAUGUUUGAAUAGAUUUAAAUAAAUGUGUUCAUCUCUUAUAGAUAUUGGUCAUGAUAAGAACGAUGAGUCACUGAUAACUCCAGAGAUAAAUUUACAUUAUAUGCCGAUGCCCAGUUCAUUUUAUAUUGCGGCUAUGGAUGAAUUCCCUUUUCAAGUAAGUGAAUUCUGCCAUUGACGUAUAUUAUCUAUAGAAUGUCCUACAGCAUUAUCCAAAUGCUAGUAAGUCUGUCAAUAUUCAUUUUUUAAAACAAAUUUUUUUAAUCGGGUUUUGUGUCAAGGGCACAUAAAUGUAGAUACAGUUUAAAUUUGUAUUUCCAUUCCUUAAUUACUAAAACAAAUUAAUUGUUUUUCCUCUUUAUUAUUUAGUCUAAAUUGCAUAAGUUUAUGAAUUUUCAAAAUUAUUGUAUACUAAAUGCGGUAAAUACAUUUAUGUACAAAUGUAUGUAUUUUUAAAAUGUAAUUUUCUUGUAUUGAGAACUAUAAACAAUUGUCUUACGGGAGCAUAAUGCCCGCAUGAGUUGUUUUCGUCGGACAAAAUAUGUACGACAUAGCAAGUUCGUAUUUAGCAGAGACAACAUUAUGCUGUUAGUUUUAAUAUUAGAACAAAUUAACUUAACUAACUGAAAAAUUAGAACAUUAUCUGUACAACUUUGCAUUGUGUUUUCGGUAAUUCAAUUGUUUAGAAAAAUAUGAGCAUGUGAAAUAAUACAAAUUACAAACCUUCGUAUCACACUAAAAUAAUUGAAAUAUCGAAAUAAACCUGCCUACAGACAAUGUUCUAACCUCAAGUUUGAUAACGGGUCAAUUCACUCUAAUAUUAAAACGAACAGCACAAAUUUGUUCUUAUUGGGAGCAAGUUUAACAUUGUCCAAUUUGCAACAUUAGCCGUAAUAUGUAUAGUGUGUAUACAUUAGUAUAUAUAGGUACUUUAUACAUUUAAAAUUUGUAUAAAAAAUAAUUAUGGUAAUAAUUUUAUUAUUUAUUCAACAGGUAGCAAUUCUCUUAUCAGACUCAGAAACCCAUUUUCAUGAUCUAAUAUGCCAAGGUGUGCUAGUCAGUCACAAUUGGAUUUUAACGACCGCUUCUUGUAUUUUACAGUGAGUUAAUGCGUAUGAAAUAUGUUUUGCAAAAAAAAAAAAAGUGAUUAUAAAGUAUAGUAAUAAAAAAAAAGCUGAAAUACCUUGUAACACAUCAUGGAUGUGUCACUGUUAUAAGUGGAAUGUUGGCAAGGUAAGAGACAUAGGGUAGGUAAUUUAAUUUACACAUUUAUCUGUACGGAACAAUAAAACAUUGCUAAGGAAAAACGAUCUUGAGUGAAGUUCGGUUAAACAAGUUUUACAUUUUAAAACAUUUACUAAUUUUACCAAAAUGCAUUUAAUUUAAAACGAUUAAAAAAAUUGUUUAUACUUUAUGCAUUUUCACUGGACCAAAAUAACUUUAUUCACAUAAAAACCAACAAACACAAUAAUUUCAAAUCACAAUAAAUAGCGUAAAAAUCUCCAGAAAAUGUUGAAAAUUUGACCGCGUUUAGGAAAGAUCAAUAUAAAUGUCAUUUGAAAAUGGCAGGUUUCUAAAAUUAGUUUCGAAAAAAUUUCCAAAAAAAAAAAAAAUGAGAGCACAUCUAUAGAAAGUUAUUCAAUUUAUUUUUGUAAGCAACGAUAAACCAUUUACCUGGUUUUUCCCAAUUAUUAAAAAAUAUCAAGACUUUCCUUCUUUCUAACGAGGCAAAAUGUUUUUUUGGAGAAAUGCGCUACUUUUAAAAUUUGGAGUAAAAUUUCUGGUAGAAAAAAACCUCGGAAAAAAUGUAUAACAUUGCAAUUAUUAACACUGUUCAUUUGCCAGUUUUUAUUUUACGUCUUUUUCUGGUUUUUACUAAUUAUAAUGAACACUGCUUGAAAAAUCAAAACACAAAUUUUUACUUACCAACUAGAUUCAAAGAGCAACAAAAAAGUAUUCCUAGAAUUUUUCGAUUGUGCCCACCCAAUUCCAAUGUUGGUGGGUCCCACGUCCUUUUUGCAAGCUGCAGUGUCAAAUAUCUUGGUCCGAAUAUAUUGUACUACACUUGACACUUUUUGCUACUUACGAUAUUUUCAGAAAUAACUAUUAAGUAUAUAAAUAAAAUAUUAUGUAGAUGCCAAAGUACAAAGUUCCGGUAAAAGGUAAAAUAAUAUACACCUAAUAUCUUUUGUUCAGGUUCUAUGGGCAGGUGGAUAUUAAAUAUAUAAAGGUAUUUUUGGGCACGGUGGAUUUUAGAAACGUCAACUUUGGAUUCGUUCGCAAAGUAAAUUUUUUUAUGUUUCAUCCAGAUUAUAACCUCAAAAACAAUGACGGCAAAGACUUAGCAAUGUGGAUGGCAAGUAUUCAUCAUAAUAUUAUAAUAUUUGUAUCGAUAUCUUCGUAUUAUUAUGUUCAUAUAUUCCUACAGUAGAGGACAGUUUUUUUUUUUUUCAAUCGUCGAAAAGUCGAAUAUUUAAACUGCUGCAGUUAUAUAUUUUAAGUAUUAUGUAAAUAAUACUAUACAUAUUAUUGUUAGCUUUGAUUAAAUUAAAAUUUCGUAGACGUCAAUGAUCAACUUUGAAAAUUAUCAGUAUUUCAUGUAUUUUGAAUACAUAUUUUUUAAUUUACUUAAGCCGUAACAGGUGUAUAUAUACGCAUAUGACAGAAAUAUGCAGUUUAUAUGUAUAGUGAAAAGUCUAUAGGGAAGUAUAUUUAGACAAUAUAAUCUAUAAUAAUAUUAUGGUACGGAUAACUAUCAAAAUUAUAGUUGACUUAUGAUUAUAUGUAAUAUUAUAACACUUAAAGAUCCGGGCAAUAAUGAUAUUUAGUUUAAAAAUAUUAAAUCCGAGAAACUUUCAAAAUUGAUUUAGGUCUGGUGAUAAAAAAAAUGUAUUAUUAGUAUUCAUUUACCAUUACAUGUUGAAAUGUUUGAAUUUUCAGAUUAGUUCAUAUAUUAAAAUAUUUAAAAUAACUUAUUUAAUGUAUCACGUUGACGUAGAGAGAAUAUAUAUGUAACGAGCAGAGUAAGAAGUACAUUAUUAUGCACAGUUUAUCCCGAUUAUCGAGGACAAAGUUAGAACAAGUUUAAAUUUUCCGAGCAUUGUAUACCAAUUAGAUUUGGGCACUGUAGAUUAAAUUUUGAAAAUAUUAAAAAUUAAAUGAAACGCCUUACUGGGUAUUUUAAUAAUCAUACAAGAACUUAAAAUAUACGCCUCAAAUAUUAGUUAUCUAUUAACCGUUUUCAAAUCUAUUAUCCAGUGUAUUACAUUGUUAGGUAUCUACUAUUGAAGAAUAAUAUUAUUAUCUUAAAGUGGUUUGACAUGAAUGAAAUUAAUAUUAUUUAAUAUUAAAUUAAAUCUUAUUCAAUCUGGUACAAGAAAAGUUGUGUGGGUGAUUCAAAGUGUAGAAGACAGCCGAUUAGCCAAUAACAGUAGCCUGCGAAUAUAUCAGAUGAUCUAUAUAUUAUAAUAAACAUAUUAACGGACAUAGCCAACGCGUCAAGAGCAUUGGAAAUGGUUUUGGAGAAAGUCGACUUAACAAUAAACCCAAGCAAGUCAUAAAUAAUGCAAAGAAAAGGGUUAACUUUUGAAAAAUUAGACGAAUUUGAAUAUCUAGAAGCAGACAAUUUUUAAAUUAUCAUUAAGAUAUAACAUCUUCUCAACGAAUUUAUUUCGAUUACUGUGUUUCAGAUUUCAGAUGGUGUCAGCAGGCAUACACUUAACACGGACGUUGCUUAUCUGUUCGAUGCCUCGGGAACAAAAAAUUAUGAUUGCAAGUACAUUACUUUUAGUGUAAGUAAAAGAUAAUAUGGUAUUAUUUGAAACUUUUAAACCAGACUGCCACGACACAAAAUUCGGUACUUUUAAAAUAUUCGUAUCAAAUAGAAUCGAGAACAUUUUCUACAAAAUUGUACACUUGCCAUGACGUAAAAUAUUAUCUCGGCAUCAUAGUUUUGAAUUUUUCAUUUUUUUUUUCCACUAUAAUGAAAGGAACACUAUUAUAUAUUUUUAAACAUACAGCUUUGUGAUUAAUCAUAUAACUAUAAUAUUCUGAAAAUAUAAAACUGCCAUAAUUAGGUACUGUUUUGUAGAGGUUUACAGUAAGUUAUUUUUUUUUAGAACUGGUGAUUAUUAAGACUAAAUUUAAGAUUGUUAUAUUUAGAUUUGUGGCUGCUUUGGAUUUGUAUUGUUUUCAUAUUAACCAUUAUAAUUUAAAUCAUGGCUUCCAUAUAUGGUAUAAGUAUAAUGCAGUACUGUCCCAAAUCAAAGUAUGGCAAAGUUCCGCCAGAAUUUUAAAUUAAAAACUACAAUAACUAUGAAUUCUCAAAAAUGGAAAAUAUCUUAAUAUUUUGUUGUACACAAUAAUUUUAAAGCACAAAAAAAAUAAUGUGUAUGUUUUAUUAAUAAAACUUAAAAAUUAACACGGUCAACCUAACCUACUCGUAUUUAAUAUUCAAAAACUAAGUCCACAACGCGGCGAUUCUGCUACAACUAUAUAUAACGAUCGUAUAAUAUAAUUCAUCGAACGCCGAACGAAUAGAAUGCUUAUACGUUUGUAGACAGUUUUGUGAAAUUCGCGAUAGGUUUGACCCACCACGAAAAGCUCCGUAAAUAAAAUAUUCACGUCAAAAAUGUACUGAUGACCAGAAAUAUGUUUUUAUUUGUGUUUCAGCAAGCUGGAUAUCUGUACGGGGCGCCAGCCACUCUGUCAAAUAACAGUAACGACUGUGUUAAAAUCGUUGACGACAUUUCGCAUUGUGUGAAAAUAAACAACACAAUCUAUGAGGUGAUUAAUGAUUGCGAAACGAAUUUAGUGUUCGAAUUAUUGUAGUAAUUAAUACAAUUAUGAUGCAGAUAAGCCGAUAGAUAAACUGUUUUACCCGAUACCAUCGAAAAAUAAUUCAAAAAGUAUUUACCUAUUUAUUUUUUCUGUUAUUUUAUUGUGUGUUUUCGUCAUGCACGAAUAUUACAUUUAAUAAUAUACCUAUAGUGACUAUUUCAUUAGAUCUUGAAUAAUCCACACAAGUCAUAUAAUAUAGCUGUUUUUUUUUUUUUUUUAAUUUUAAUCAGGUAUUUAAAAAUUAGUACAAUCGAUUUCGGAUUUUCGGAUAUUAUAGAGUUUUUUUUAAUGAUACUUAUUUAUUUCAAAUUCAGAGUGAAGCGAGGAAUGUAUUGGUUUUACUAUGAUGCGUGAUUAUUAUUUGCCUGUCCGUAAACCACAUUUUAAUAAAAAAAAUUUCGCUCCAAUCAACAAACGAAAAGAGAAUAUUUUUCUAAAAAAUGUAUUAUAUGCAUAAUUCUUAUAUGGGAUUUAUCAUUUAUGAAAAAUAAUAACAAUUGACAUUUGUUACCAGGAGCGUAGAAAAGGGUUAUCAUCUAAAAAGUGGCAUGUUGAGCUAGGUAUAUGUGUGCUUAUAAAGGAGUCGAGAUUUCUAUAUACCCUACCCACUUUACUAAUUUUAUUUGGAUGUAUCUACCAAAAUCUGUAUACAAUUGCAUACAAUUGUCGUAAAUUAUGACGUAUUCAAAUUGUCCUUUCCAUUAAACUCAUUAUUAUUUAUACUAUUUAAUACUAUAAUAAUUAUAACAUAAUAAUGUAUUAAUUUUUCAACAACAAUAUUUACAGGAAGUAUACGAAUAAAAUUAAAUACGUCUUGUCUUAUCCACACUCACUUAAGUUCAGAUGGAGCCGUCGCUCACAUUAAUUAGUAGUUUAAAAUGUUUCUCACACGCUGCACGUUGCGUGUAUUUUUCAGGAAUUGCAUGUGGGAGCGUCUUUGAUUUGUGGAGGUAAAUUAUAUGCAUUAAAAAAUUACUAUGGAUAUUUUACCACAGUUUACGAUACGUCGAGUUGGAUACUUUACGUGAUUGACGUGGGACUUUCGGCUGUAAGUAUAGUCUUUUUAUUUUCUACCUGUCUGUUUAAUUACCGAACCUUCGUUAAUAAAAAUAUUGUCAAUUGAAAUGUUUACCGAUCAUAUACCUUCUAUUUAAAUAUUUUAUAAUAUAAAUUUGUAUCAAACCUCUAAUUUGUCAGGUUAGAAAAGAAAAAAAAUUAUCAGAGAAAGAAGAAGAUAUAUCCUUUAUAGAAUAUGGAUAUGAAGAUGAUUUUUUCGACUUCAUACAAAUGAGGAUUGACUGGAAUAAUAAAAAUCUCAAUUUGUCUGAAGAAAGCACGCGGGAAAUUAAAAAAGGUGAGAUGUAAAAUUAUUUAAGAAAUAAUCUGUAGGCACCUAAUAGGUUCUUGGUAAAGUGUAUUGGUGUAUCUAUAUGUGUCUUAUAUUAAGUCUUAUACAUGAUUGAGGUGAAUAUCCGCAGUAGAUGAAUGUUGACUAUCACCGGUGAAUGACAACAUAAUAUAUCAAAAUUAUUUGUAGUGAAUGUUUUUUCGAGGUGAUCAAACGCUAGUGAUAGUUGACAUUUAAAAAUGAUAUUCAGUAUUCACUGAAUAUCAUUUUUAAAUUCUUGAACCGUACUUUAAGCGCAAUGUUUACGAUAUAGUAUACAUACGAGCUAUAAUAUUAUUAUACAUGUCUGGCUGCGAUAUUUUGAUAUCGUGAUACUAUCAUUUUAUUUUAAUAAAUAAAUAGAUAAUAACAUAGAUUGUAACUGUAUGACUGUAUUUGAGAUUUUGUGGUCACAACAUUAAUGUUGUAAACUCUCUGUGGUUUCAUUAUUUCGGAUUUUUUUUUUUUUUGUUGUAAUUCGAUUAAAAAUAAUCGUUGUAAUUUAAUCAUAGAAUAUUUAUGUUAGUCUUUUCUAGACUUUUUAAAAUAUUCUGAUGAUUUUUGAACUAUUUAUAUGAAGAAUUUGAUAAUUUCGAGGUUUUUAGUUUUUUGUUUGGUUUAAAGUAUAGAUAAAAUUGUUUGGCAGAAUAGAAAUGUUUGAAAAAUAAAUUCGAAAUAAAUUUUAAGUUAAACAUAGUUUGUAGAAUAAAAAAGUUGAUUUUAAUUUAAGUUUUAUAUUCUAAGCGAAGCCUGUAAUGUAUUGGUUUUACAAUGAUUAUUUUUGUUUUUUUUUUUUUUUAUAUAGGUAUAACUUUUCUACCAGAAAUUUAGCUCCAAUUUUCAGUUGUAGCACAUUUUCUGAGAGUAAAUUUGACUGGGGUAGUACUUAAACUAGGUAAUUUUUAAUCUCUUAGAAGUUUCUCUAAUAAAUAGGAAAAACCAGAAAAAAACAUGGAAAAACGGGAAAAUUUACGAAAUUUAUUAUUUUGAAAUUAUAAAUAUAACGGUCGUUCAAAAUAUGUGUAACCGAACUUCGCUCAGAAAUCAGAAUCGUUUUUUGAUAUUAAUGAUUAAUUUUUGGUUAGAGAUAUAUAUUAAAUUGUCCUCUAUAUUCCACCUUCCCUUGACCUUUAUCUACAACAGUGGUUCAUCCAUCGUGCGAAGUAUGUCAAUCUUUUUUUCUUCAUAAGUCUUUUAAGAAUACAUUUUUAGGAAAAUCGUAAAAGUUACUGCAUUUAAAAAUAUGUGUAACCGAACUUCGCCCAGAAUUGUUUUUCGUUAGCAAUAGUUGAUUGUUGUAUUCAAAUAUAAUUUAAAUAACUUUAUGUAUCCUACCUUUUCGAUUUUCCACCUAUAACAGUGGCACAUCUACCUUCAGUAUCACCUUUUUAAACGUUAAUAUAGCAUUUUAAUUUUAUUAGAAUACCGGAGGAAGCAGGAAGAUAAUGAGAACGAUGUUCCAAUCGAUGAAUGGUUCCAUGAUUCUCAGUCAGAAAGGUAUACAAAAAUAAUAAUUAAUGCAACAUAAUUAAUUGAUUUUAAUUGAUUAGAAUUUCUAUAUUGAUAGCAGCGCCUUAUAAAUAUAUUAAAUUUUGUAAAACGAUUUAAAAAGCUGUGCAUUACUUGCCUUAAAUAACGAACGAUAAAUAUACGACAAACACUAGUUGAAUUUUAUGUGAGAGGAAAAAUUCCACGUUCAAUUAGACAAAGAUUUUUACAUGUUUUUGAAUUUGAAAUUUUGAAAAGAUGUCUAAUUCUAAUUAUGCCGAAUUCGGAUCGAUCGAAUCGUUUUUACCCUCGUUUGUGCCCGUGAUUAUCAUUUUCAAGGUAGCUACUAGUUACGUCGGGUAUUAUGGUUUCAAGUUGUGAAAGCGGUCGUUCAAUAAUUCGCUUUGAGUUUCAGACAAUUCGAAACGAUAGUGCCGUUUAGAUGCAAAUAAUAUAAUAGGUACAAUAUCGUUAUUGUAAUAUCAUAUCAACGUUUUGGACACCGUUAUUAUAUGUUAUUGUUAGAGCUGUUUAUUUAAAUUGAAAAAAUGUUUUAAAAAAAAUCUCAUUUACAUUUAGUGACUGGUCUGAAAGCAACGAACGGGGUUUGCGGAAACGGCGAUUUGCGCAAACAGGCGCCGCUGCCGAAAUUGAACACUUGUUUUCAUCAUGGGCGAUAACGGUUUCCAAGUUGAAUAUCGAGAGACAAAUCGACUUGAAAAUAAACAUCGGAAAUAUAGUGGCCAAUGCAGAAAGGGAUUAUUUGGAGGAACAGACUCGAUUGAAAGAAAUAGAAGAAUCUUACAUAGCUAGUAAUGAGAGCGACAUGAAAUAAAAAUUAAAUCCGAAAUAGUUUUAAGAAGCAAAUUGGUAACUGUCUUUAAUAUUAUAAUAUUAUACAAUUAUAAUAAUAUAUUAUUAUAUUUGAGUUAUAAUAAAUGUAUAUGUUUUUGGAUACUUGAAUUUUUUGUUCGUAUCCUCCUGAUUGAUUUCAAUGUACUUAUUUAAUGCGUAAAUAAAUCGUAAAAUAAUCUUCACACCUAUUUAAAUCUAAACUAUUAUCAAACAAAAUCUAGAAAAAUUUAUACGUUACUAUUAUCAUUAAUAUUAAUGGGAAUUAAAAAAAAUCACCUCUCUAAAGUACCACCAAGAAAAUAUUUCCUUUCAGAAAAAGUGCUAUACUUGAUAAUAGGAGGGACAUCAUUGUAAAAGCAAUACAUUCCUCGCUCCGCUCAGAAUCUAAAACAAAGCAAAAUAAAAUUAUUUAAAUUUUAUUGGCUUAAAUUGAUUUCCGACGUUUUUCAAAACAAAUGCUUAUUAAUAUUAUUAUAAUAAUAAUAUUUAUAUAGUAAUAUUUAUAUGUAUUUAAUGUAAUUAUAUAACAAAAUUAUUAUAUUUAAAAAAAAUAUAUAAUAUGUUAAUUUAAAAAAAUGAAAAAAAAAAUGUUCAAAGUUUAGUUGAAAUACUCACAUAUCCAGUUUAAUUAUGGUUUGAGUUUAUCAACCUACAAUAAGAUAAGUUUUUGUAUGUAAUAAAUUAUUUCAUAUUUAUAAAAAUACAACGUGCGUCUAUCCACAAGACAUAAUACAAGUGUCCGAUAUUUUGCUAUACAUUGGGUAUGGCAAUUUUUAUCUACCGACAUUUUUGGCAUCAAAAUCAUAAGUGUGCAAUUUUUGAAUGCAACCUAAAAUAUAACUUAGAAACCUUUAUUUUUACCAGUCCAACGACCUGGUCCAAAAGGUCGGUUAAUGUAUUAUAGGAAUAGCCAACCAACUGCUCUGACUAAGUGGAUAGGAUUAGGUAAAAAAUAUAUCGACAGCCCCAUACGUUUCAUUUUGAAAACCAAAGAAGCGGUUUGCAAUAUACUUGGCUGUAUUGUAAAGAACGUACUGCACGGUGUAUUUAACAUUUUAAUUUAUAGUUUUAUAAUUUUGCACCAACUAAACGACUAAACUUGACGUGUACAUUUUUCAGCUCGUCGAUUCGGGAUCAUCUCUGAUGUACGGUGAAAUUUAUUAGUUAGCUGAACGCCCUCAGAAAUGCCGAUGGUAAUUUUACUGAUGUAAUUGAAUCGAGUGAUUUUUGUAAGUGAAAUCUUGAUUUCUAUCCACGAGUAUUCUCCUCUUAAUCACUGGAUAUUCUGUAAAUAUUUUAUUAUUGUCGAGGGAAUUAUUAGCCGUUAUGGUAAUAUAAUCACUAUUUAAAUAUUUGAAAAUAUCAAUUGUUAACAAUCGUCUAAUAUUUUAGAAAGUAUAACCCGAAAAUCUAGUCCGCUGAAUAGCCGGAAACGCGGAGUCUUCGACGUCAUGGGCGCCUAUUAGGAAGGACAAUAAAGGAAUAUGUCUCUCCUGGAAAAUAUUACAAUCCACAGAAAAUUGUUUUUCUUGAGCCUUAAAUCAUUGAAGCCUUGUGUCAAUUAUUGUUUGUGCAGAUGUUGUGUUCUUAGUGUUCUUAUAUCCGUUUGUCUACCUAUAAUAGUAUAAUGCCUAUGUAUUAGCCUUUAAAUGCGUAUUUACAAACGAGUAUUCCAGUAUUUUCCUCCCCAAAAAAUUACAUUAUGUGCGCCCAUAUCUUUUGAAGCAAUAUUUUCUAGUACCUAUCGAAAAUGGUACACUACAGUAACUUGUUUUUAUAAUAUACAGGU